AUGAAGGUGAUUGGUAGACAUUUGACGAAGGAGCUCAGGUUUGGCUCAGAUGGUGGAUACUGGCCUCCUGAAGUCCUGGAUCUCCUUGGACUCACAAAAGAGGAUAAAUACCAAUCAGUAUCGAUAUUCUCCAAUGACCAGAUCAAGAAACCCAACCUCCAACGUCCAGUGGCACAGAACGGCUAUAUUCCAAGUCAUGGCCUCAUCCUUGCAAAGUCUAACUUCAAGAAUCAGGACCACAACGAGGUAAAAAACCAACUUCUACCAGCUGAAAUCAUGCUGCAGGUAUGUUAUGAAUUAGCUGGUAACAAAAAGGAUGAUCUCCAUUGGAUUGUUCGCUCCAAUAUUGUGAAUGAAGGGACCAAAUCGAUAAUCGACGGAGCAUACCAAAAGCUGGGCAAGAGUGACAAGCAAAUGGUCAAGGGUUGA